UUAGGCGCCGCGUCGCCCGGUCUUACCGCCCGAAUACCGAAUCCCGCCCUUACAGCCUACUACGUACAUAACCGAUUGUAUCCUGAAGCAAACCUGGUUUUACUGUUGAUUGUGAUUUAUUUGAAAAGUUUUUAGCUGCUGAAUGUGGUAGGCAGGUACACCGUAAUUUACCAUCUAAUUUUGAUUAUAAUUCGUCGUGAUUUUCACGUUUUUUGAUAAGAAUUGAAGAAGUUGAAAAUAAUAAGUAAGGUCCUAGAAGGCUGAUGUUGUGAUUCGUAUAUCUUAGUAUCUGAAAAGAUUCAGUGUAAUAGUGGUACGCGUGUGAUGUGUUGAAUUGUGCGCGUGUUCGCGUGCUGUGGUGGCGGGCCGGUAGCGAGCGCAUGCAGGGGCGCGCGGGCGCAGGCCCGGGCGGGCUCCGCUCCAACCCGCGCGCCCUCCCACCUCCAGUUCUUCCGCCACCUCCUCAAUUUGCCACUGAACAAGACGAGAUGCCUGCCAAUCAAAUUGCCCAGGUGAUCGCGCUCAUAUGCGGCUUGUUAGUAGUGAUUCUGAUGGUACUGGGUCUGGCGUCGGCCGACUGGCUGAUGGCUGCCGGCUGGAGACAGGGCCUCUUCAUGCACUGUAUAGACCCUGAAGCACCCACGCCCUUGCCCUUCGAUAUAACUGCACAGCCCGGCUGCUAUGCUGCUAGACCCGCGCCUUAUAUUAAAGCGGCAGCCGGGCUGUGCGUGGCGACAUUGGCAGCAGAUGUCUGUGGCGCCCUUCUGACAGGGUUGGGUCUUCGGUCGGCAGACCACCGCACCAAGUUCCGAUACUAUCGGUUCGCCGUGCUCGCUAUGUCGCUAGCCCUCAUGUGCAUUUUAAUAGCGUUAGUGAUCUACCCGGUCUGCUUCGCUGCGGAGUUGAACCUGGGUAAUAGAUCGGUUUGGGAAUUUGGCUGGGCGUACGGUGUUGGCUGGGGCGCCGCCAUCUUCCUGUUCGGUGCCGUCGUCUUGUUACUCUGUGACAAGGAGAGCGAGGAGCUCUACUACAAGGAGCGGAAAGUGGUGAGCGCGGAGCCGGGCGCGCGCCCCUAGGGCCGCGGGCGCCUGCCCGACCUGGUGCCGUGAGGCGCGCGCUAGCGGCCCCGGCCGCUGGGUCUAGCCGCGCCACUCUAGCCCGCCCACACCACCCACCACGUCAUGCCGACCUACCCAACCGCUCACUCUUGAACUAACACACGACGCUUAACAUCACUAUCUACGAACACCAGUCCACCAGCAGUGUUGCAUUUUCAACGCUGAGCUUUGGCCAUUAAAGACUAAAUUACAAUUUAGUCUAUUUUAUAUUUCAACGAGACGUUAAAAAACUAGAUGCGAUGACUCGUGCGAUUGGUGCAUUAGGGUUUGCACGAUGGUUUUAAUCGUACAUAACCGACGAGCAAGUCCUUAUGUGACAAAACAAAACAGUUAUCAGUAUAAUGUGUAUGGCUGCAUUUAUUGAAUCACAAGUUUGAAGUUGACGAAGUUGACACAAGUUCCAUAGAAUAUGUGUCAACAGUUAAUCUUUUGCAGUUAAAUCUAGUUUCAGGAUAUUUGUAGAUAGUGAUGAUAAACCACGGUUUAAGUGUGAGCUGUUUGAUAAAGGUAGUAGCCUGGGUGACGUGACUGCGACCAUGUCAGGUCGAGCCCACAUGAAGUCGUACUCACGUCACUCAGUGCCGGGGAAGCGACUUGUCGAUGCUAUAUCGGACUCAUCGCAAUACUAGCGACUGUCCCGUUGUUUUUGUUGUUCCAAGAUAUCAUAGUACUUGACUGUCCAAAUUAAAUUAUAAUUAUAUAUCGCGUUAAUUGCGAGUCGUACUAAAUUUGUACUGUAAAUUAAAAACUUGUUAUUUAUAGAGCAAUGGUAAAUAAUAGAAAAACAAUACUUCGUCGGCCAUUACCAGUGUAAGUGCUAUGAUUCUUUUGUAGAUUCUUAGUUUGUAUUAAUUUAUAUUAUUAUAGUUUCCUUUGUAGUGUUAGUAUGACUUACCUCGGUUGAUUAUUUUUAUUUUGUAGUAUUUUGUUGAUUCGUAAUUUUUAUUUUGAUUGGUAACAGAAACGAUAAGAUCUGAAAGCGAGAGAUUAACUAAAAUCUACUUAAUAAGUGAGAAUCGCCUUAUUCGGGAUAUAUUUUUGUGAUUUUUUUAUUUUUUUAAGUGUGGUAUUAUAAUUUGGCGCCUCGUGAUGAGCGGACCACAUUCAGACCGUGUGUGUACUGGUGUAUGUACCUCGAAUGUAAUCCGUUCCAAAGAGCGUUAGUAUUAGUUUGGUAGAACGUGUCGCUGAGUGGACGUGUGGCGGGGGGGCGCGGGGCGCGGGCCGCGGGCACAGGGCAGGCGACCCUCGGGAGUGUGGCCGUGUGACGGACGACUAGUGUAUGUACUGUAUGUGACUACGUGUGGCGGUGGCCGACACCGUCGCCGCCGCGAUAUCGGACUAUGACUACUCACGUAUUUAAAGGAAUUAAAUAUAUGUUUUGAUUAAAGUUACCCUUAGUAUCGUAUUAUACCUACUUCAUAUUUGAAAACUAUUUUAUUAACGAUUAUAUAAAUAGGAAUCAUGUGAGCCGUACGAUGUACGCAGGACGCAGAUUGAUUGAGAUUAAUUUCGAUUGUAUUAGUGAUGUCUAGAAUCUCGUUGGUUUUACUAUUUUGUAAAUCUCAAAGUUUGGAAUUGAAGAUUAUUUAAAAAUUAUAUUUUCUUAAUAUUUAUGUAAACGUAAUGGAACAAUUAAUUGACGAGUAAAAUUCGUAAUAAUUAUAAAAUAGUGGUAAUUAUAUGUGUAAGUGUAAUAUUUGUGGACAUUGUAAUAAUGGCAUGCCAUGUGUGUUUGUCUAACAAUGCGAAGUUGCAGCUUCGUAUUUAUUUUAUUGUCGAAUAUUCUUGGUCAAGGCUUUAAUUUUUAACGUAUUUUAUUGGUCAAUGCAUAAAUCAAUGUUUUAUUCCUAAAACGUAAUAUAAACGCACGACUUCCUAUUAAUUUUGUGCAAAAUGUAAGAAUAUCUUUUUAUAACUAAUUUUGUAUUGUAAAGGUCUGGCUAGCGGAAACUGUCUAAUUAGUUUUAUAAAAUUGUUUAUUGUGAUAAAAUGCAGCUAUUUGUAAUCGUUGAUGUGAUCGAUUGAGGCUUUGCAUUAUUCGUGUUUUCAUAUCGCGAGCGCUGCAGCUUGUGCGCUUGACGAAGAUUUCGAUUUAUCCACAUAUUCACCCAGUCGACCGAAACUCUUCAUUGUAAUAAUGAUUCAUAUAUUUACAUACUUCCAAUUACAGUAUAAUAAAUGUAGCUAACUUGAACUUUCCCUUCGCGAAACCCGUUAUUCGCUCUUAGUCACUACUUUUUAAGAAACACGAAAUUCUCAACGUAAUUAUAUUAACAAAUUGAGUUAUUUUCGAGCUCCCUUAAAAUUUUGACAUGUAAAAUCUACUAAUCAUUUUUAUACACUAAGCUUUACUUUAGAAUUAUGUCAGAUUUUAUUUAAGUACAAGGCUAAACUAGAUUUAAGUUUUUAUAGCAAUAAUUGUUGCUCUCAUCAUUAGUCCGUUAAAUAUGAAUAAAUAUUUAAUAAAUCCACACUGCCAUGUAACAAUUAACUUACAUUUCUUUGUAAGUCAUAUUAAUUUUACUGUAGUCAUAAUAAAUAACAUUAAAUUAUUGAAACUUCCUAAUAUAAGUGUACAUUUUACAUAGAAAUGAUAACCCCUUGUAAUUGAUAUUGAAUUACAUUAGCUACUUAAUUUUAUGCACCUCGAACGUACUUGGACAUGCUUAUGAUCUAUAUAAAAUAAUAUAGAAAAUGUAAUUGUUACACUAUAUGCAUCUGUUUGUGCAAUUAAGGUACCCGUUAAUUAAUCCAGUGAAUGAACUUUUACUAAAUUAAUAUCAAAACAUUUAUUUGACCUAUAAAGUGUUUCCUUAUUUCAUGCAAAUUAUUAUUUGACGAAAUAUUCUAUAGCUUAUAAACUCGGCUGUCCAAGUACAUCAGUUAUAUAACAUUACAAUUUUCUUAGCCAAAUUAUGAGUCAUAUCAAAUGAGAUUGAAUAAAGUAACUAG